AUGGCAAUGCGAACAUAUUACUCUUUUACAGGUGAUGAAACAUAUGAUACUCUUGUAAUAGGAUAUAUAGCUAUAAGAAUUAUAUGGUGUAUAGGAAUCAUUGUAACAUGUCUUACACAACUAGGCUAUGAAAUCAAAUAUCAAGCAAGACAGAAUUUGAUCAAUCCUCGUAGUAUGACGUUACUAGGUUUGACUUGUUUUGCAAUAUUUAGAAUAUUUUACUCUGCAUUUCUAUUAGAGACAAAUGAUGAUACAACUGGCAGUAUAUGUGAUUAUUUGGGAAUGUGGAGUCUCUUUUUUGAAAUGUGGUGUUGGGCUUUUAUUGGAACUUAUUUUAAACCAAUGUAUCAUAGAAGAGUAUGGAAAGUCACAUGGUCAAUUAUAGGAUUAUAUAUUGUUUACGAGGUUACAUAUUCAAUCUUGGCAACAUAUGCCAAGGAUUGGGCACCGACCUUUUUCACGGCAGGGUUUCUCUUUUUGUUGGUGUUGCUUGGUGUCGUCUGCUUUUGUGGUAGUUUCUUCUUGCAUCGUCAAAUACAACAUAAAAAGAAUCUGUUGACUGGAAAGGUGGCCAAUCUGAUCGGUCGUAUCAAGGUGUUUUCAGUGCUCAUCAUUUGCAUUUUGGUGUUGAACCUCAGUCGUGACCUUUUAUUUUAUGUCAUCCUACAGGUUAAAUUGACCGAUCCUCUAACACACUUUUCCAACAUGUUGACCAUGCUAUUUGAAUGUUCGACGGCUACUAUUAUGAUGGUUGCCGUUGCAGAGUGUCCUAUCAACUAUAUCACCUUUGAAUCGAUCAGUCCAAGUUUGAUUAGUGGUAAAUAUGGAUCAUCUGACAGCAGCAGUAGCAGUCGUGAAAACACAACUUCAUCACUCUCUGACAAGGCCGGCUCGUCAUCGAGUCCACUGAAACAAUGGCAUAAGAAACCACGUGAACCAAAUACCCAACAAUCACAAAUUAAAUUGGGUCGUUUAAUCAACAGCAACAGUAACACCAAUAUUAUCAACCAAUCGAUUCAAGAUGAUCAUCAUUCACUUGAUAUAACUACCAGUUUUGAUAUUUCAACAAGUUCAAACUUUUUUCCAAAUAACGAUAUUUUAGUCAAAGAAGAAAAUGAAGAAAGUAAUAAUAAUAAUAAUAAUAAUAAUAGUUGUUUAGAUGUGUAA